AAUAUAUUAAUAGCGGGUAUUAUAAGGAUUAGCUUCGGCCUAGGUAAGGAAAUCGUUACCCUAGGUACGGUAAAAAUAAAAACGUAUUUUAAAAUAAUAACUUUUUAUAUCUUACCCGUUAAUACCCUAUUUCUCUUAUAUCUAAAAGAUAUAAAUUGA